AGCGUGAGUUUGCAUGCACUGCUACAUUUCCGAGACGACUGACUUCCGUUUCCUUUUCCAUAGUACUGUAGCACGUUGCUGAGUCCUUAAAUUCCCAUAAGGUAUCCCUACCACACUAUUCAAGAUGGGUAGGGAGGAUAAAGCAACAUGGAAGUCAAAUUACUUCACUAAACUUGUUCAACUAUUAGACGAUUUUCCUAAAUGCUUCAUUGUGGGUGCGGAUAAUGUUGGCUCAAAGCAAAUGCAACAGAUUCGUAUGUCACUGCGUGGAAACGCAGUCGUACUGAUGGGCAAAAAUACUAUGAUGAGAAAAGCCAUUCGUGGUCAUAUAGAACGUAACGCAGCAUUAGAGAAAUUACUGCCUCACAUUCGUGGUAAUGUUGGGUUUGUUUUCACCCGAGGUGAUUUGAUUGAAGUAAGGGACAAAUUGCUGGAAAAUAAAGUACGUGCUCCAGCCAGAGCAGGAGCCAUUGCACCCUUAAGCGUUAUCAUUCCUGCACAAAACACAGGACUUGGUCCUGAGAAAACUUCUUUUUUCCAAGCUUUGAGUAUACCGACUAAGAUCUCCAAGGGUACUAUUGAAAUAAUAAAUGAUGUUCAUAUCCUCAAACCUGGUGAUAAGGUGGGAGCUUCUGAAGCUACACUUUUGAACAUGCUGAAUAUCUCGCCUUUUUCUUAUGGAUUGCUGGUUGAACAAGUGUACGAUUCUGGUACUAUUUUUGCGCCUGAGAUUUUGGACAUCAAACCUGAAGAUCUACGUGAAAAAUUCAUGGCAGGAGUCGCAAAUUUAGCUUCAGUUUGCUUGAUGAUUGGUUAUCCUACAGUCGCUAGUGCUCCACAUAGUAUUGUAAAUGGCUUCAAGAACUUGCUAGCUGUCGCUGCUGUUACUGAGGUUGAAUUUGCAGAAGCUACUACUAUCAAGGAAUACGUUAAAGAUCCAAGCAAGUUUGCUAUUGCUGCCGCUGCUGUAGCAACUCCAGCAGCUGCAACUGCUGAUGCUCCUGCUGCAGAGAAAAAGGAAGAAAAGAAGGAAGAAUCAGACUCAGAAGACGAUGACAUGGGUUUUGGAUUAUUCGACUAAUACGUACUCACGUUAUGUAUGCUAAAAUGUCUAUUUGAAACAACCUUUGUCAAACAAGAAUUCGAUUCAAAUUUUGUAUCGUGUUAUAAAUACUUCUGAAAAUAAAGUAAAAUCAAAUUGAAAGGA